UGUACUUGCACAGGUAUUGCUAUUGCCACUGUUGUUCCUCCGAUCUCCUGCCUUUCCCAUGACGAUUUCCCAGUGUUUACAUUAUGGAUUUGAACGCAGGCACUCAGCCACACGCUGUGACCAAGUCAGAGAUCCCAGACCACGUUCUUUACACGGUAGGGACGUGCGUUCUUGUUAUUGGUUCCAUCGGCAUCAUAGGAAACCUCCUAGUUCUCUAUGCAUUUUACAGCAACAAGAAGUUGAGGACACCCCAGAACUUCUUUAUAAUGAACUUGGCUGUGAGUGACUUCUUGAUGUCAGCUUCUCAGGCCCCCAUAUGCUUUGUCAACAGCUUGCACAGAGAGUGGAUCCUUGGAGAUAUAGGUUGUGACUUGUACGCUUUCUGUGGGGCGCUCUUUGGAAUAACCUCGAUGAUGACUCUGUUGGCUAUUUCUGUUGACCGCUACUUGGUGAUCACCAAGCCCCUGCGCUCCAUCCAGUGGACCUCCAAGAAGCGCACCAUGCAGAUUAUUGCUGCUGUGUGGCUGUACUCGCUGGGAUGGAGCGUGGCCCCACUCCUUGGGUGGAGUUCCUACGUGCCUGAGGGCUUGAUGAUAUCCUGUACGUGGGACUAUGUAACCUACUCCCCUGCAAACAGGAGUUACACCAUGAUUUUAUGCUGCUGCGUAUUUUUUAUUCCACUGCUAAUAAUACUCCACUGCUAUUUAUUUAUGUUCUUGGCCAUAAGAAGUACUGGCAGAGAUGUCCAAAAGCUUGGGUCCUGCAGCCGCAAAUCCUUCCUCUCUCAGUCCAUGAAGAAUGAAUGGAAACUGGCAAAAAUUGCAUUUGUGGUCAUCAUUGUGUAUGUCUUAUCCUGGUCUCCAUACGCUUGUGUCACUUUGAUUGCCUGGGCAGGUCGAGGAAACACUCUGACGCCGUAUUCCAAAUCUGUGCCAGCUGUUAUUGCUAAAGCCUCUGCAAUCUACAACCCCAUCAUAUAUGCAAUAAUUCACCCGAGAUACAGGAAAACCAUCCACAACGCUGUUCCCUGCUUGAGGUUCCUAAUACGAGUAUCGAAGAAUGAUCUCCUGAGGGGGUCCAUAAAUGAAUCAUCGUUCAGGACCUCUCUCUCCAGCCACCAGUCUCUUGCUGGAAGGACCAAGAACGCUUGUGUUUCAUCAGUUUCCACCGGAGAAGCUAAUUGGAGUGAUGUAGAGCUUGACCCAGUAGAGCCAGCUCAUGCGAAACUGCAGCCUCGCCGAAGUCAUUCCUUCUCAGCAAGUCUGAGACAGGAGAAGAGAGACCUGCUCCCGGAGACCUAUAGCUGCAGUGAAGAAACCGAAGGAAAGGUUUCGCUGUCAUCCAGCUGCCUGGAGAAGGCUCUGGGGCCGUCAGCCUUCCUCAGCUCUCCUGUAGCGCUCGUGACCAGCUCCCUCCGAGCCGCCUCUCUGCCUGCCGGUUUGAACAGCGGCAGCAUCAGCAGAGAAGCAGGCUCAGAUACCUCACAGAUGGAAACUCAAGAAAGUCAUAAUAAUGGAGGCUUGGAGUCUAUCAUUACCAAUGCAGUCCCUCGAAUCGUUAUUAUUCCUACCUCAGAGACAAACCUAUUUCAAGAGGAACCUGAAGAGGAAGAGACUGAAUUAUUCCACUUCCGUGACAAAAAGAACAAUUUGCUGGAUUUGGAAGGGCUUAGCUCGUCUACAGAGUUCCUCGAAGCUGUUGAGAAAUUUCUAUCAUAAGUGCAUCUAAAGGAAACUUUCUGGCAAUUAUUUUCUGGGCAUCUUCUCCCCUUAGUUAUACCAAAUAACUGAACCCGCGUACGUUAGAUCAUCAGGCGUUUUGUAUGUUUAUACGGUAGCCACUAGGCAGCUUUCGUAUUUAUCUUUGUCCAGAUUAGUUCAGGCAUAGAAUAAAGAUUUCAUUCAGAUCCAGCAUCGGAGGAUCUGGCAGCAGCAUCAAGUGGCAUCAGUCGAGUUGGCUGCCUGCUUCGUGGGGGGCCAUGAACCUUGAUCUGCAACCACAGGUACCAGCAGGAGGAAAAACAACUGAACUGAAACAGCGGUAGCUGCUGAAUGUUUCUGCUACCUGCGUGUGAAACCGCAUUCCUGUUUUGGCAGCUCUCUUCUGGAGGUGAUGGUAAGCACUACGAGACCACAGCUUUCCACCAGCCCCAAAGGUAAUAUGGCUAGAUGAUCAAACUAUCGUUUAAUCAAAUUUAUUAUAUAAGCAUAUAAAUAUAAACAUAAUUACAUGGACAGAUCACGUAGCUGGGAGGAGAUCAGUUGCUUAUAAACUUCAGUAAGAAAAUUUUGGAUUUUCCCUCAGCAUUAGUGUAAUCAUCUGAAUGUCAAAAUGCAAGGUGCUAUAUGCCAAAACAUAAUUUCACCUCUGGAAGCAGCUAGAGCACGUUGAGAUUUUCAUUGUGGACUAAAAUGUGUGUGAACCCUAACGAAUCUGUGAUUAAAAGGAUGAACAUCCACAGCUGGCUUGAUAAUUCAUUCACGAGAAUGAAGCCUUAGCUGCUGUGUGUCACUUAUUUCUUCAGCAGAGAAGAAGUUCUUCUCGAACUUCACAGAUGGAUGUCUUCUGCAGGUCACAUUCCAAAAGGCCUCCUGGGGGUAAGACAUCACCCUGGAAGAUAGCUUCAGAAAACUGUAUCGUUUGCUACAGGACCUGCAGAUGCACUUUUAAUGGUGGUUAUUGUUUGUUUUGUCUUUUUUAUGUAACAGCUCAGACUUGCAAGAUCCUCCUCGCCUUUUAUACUUAAAUACAUUCUUUCCUUAGUUAUUGAUUUUCCCUUAUUAAAAGAUGUUCUCCACUCCCUCCCUUUUUGUUUCUGAACCUCAAAUGUAGACAAAUUGAGCUACGCUGUUCUUUACAAAGCAUCAGGAUAUCUUGGGAGAAAGCAGAAGUUCCUCGGGCACCUCGGGUUUUCCUCCAGAACCGAGCAUCAGGACAGAACCACCUGCAAUCAGCUCAAUACUUCUAAAGAAAAUUCCUACGCUGAGGACCAGCUCGGUUAGCAGGCAGCAUGGCACGGUGAUUGGCGUGGGAUCUGCCCACCUGCAGCUUCUGAAGCCGGCCUGCUAUCCUAGCGUGCGGUUUGAGCCACAGAGUGUAACAGAAUGUUCACUAAAGACUCCGUUCCUGAAAAACAGGGGAGGCUUCAUCCUUGGCCCAACGUAGAGUUCUGCCAUCUCUGAUUAUUUUCUGCUGGUUCUGUCCUCUCUGGUUCACGAUCACCUGUUUUUCCUAUGUAACUACGUAGCCGGUGACCUAACUUCUUGCAUUUAAUAUCUUCGGCGGUGACUCCCUUCUUCGUAAGCCAGAUGCUAGAAAGCGAACAUACUUGCAGGCCUUCCAAGUCUUAUACCUGACUUUUGCUGUUGUAAUUAACUCUAAAUAACAAUAACAAGGGCAUUCAGUGUUCCAAGAUACAAAAAUAGGCCUCUGAAAAGAUUUUGCACUCUCGUGUUCGCAUAACUGUACUGGUAGGACUGUAAGCGGAACACUGCUGCGAUUUCCAACGGGAUGAAGAACGUAAGCUCUAAAGCAACAGUGAACAAAUUCCUCUGUAACCAGGGUUUUGCUUGGACUGCAAGAUGACGUGCCAGUGAUCUCUUGCACGUGUGCUGAUGCCAACCAUGUAUUUCAGUAAACUAAUGGGCUCGAGAUGUGUGCAUUUAAUUUCUAUACCUCGAGUGUCAUUUACAAUUUUUACUAUUGCUUCUGCAGCUAAUGUCAGUAUUACAGUGUUCUUUAACUGCUGUAGACCAGAAUGUCAAAUGAGAUAGCAGUAGAGUGAUAAAACCUAAAAUUAUAUGCAAUAUCAAACAUAUUUAUUUCAGAAACGUCGCAGUGUAAAUCAAUCUUAAAGUAGUGAAAGCAAUACAGAAGAAUCUCGCGUGCUUCUCUGUUGCCACGUUAGACUAGAUGGCACAUAAUAAUGUUCGGUAUUAACUGCUGCUUCUCAUUUCACAAAGGCGUGUGUUGGUUCACUCAAAUGGAAUAAAAAUUCUUAGAAGUCGUAUUCAUUGUUUCUUUUUCUUAUUUAAUGAUUAAUGUGAGGCAUAAGGAGGAGGAACAAAAAAGAUAGCCCGUAGCUUUAGAAGCCCGUACCACGUUCCAGUGAAUAAUAACGUGCAUCUUUAACUUCAUUUAUACGAGCAGCUCUUUUCAACUCACUUACGCUACUCCCGUACAACCAAGAACUUGUCUAAUUACAUCCUUAGCUUGGCAGUUUGGGCAUGUAAAAUUAGAGCUCACUGACUUGGGAAAAUCUGAAGUUGCUCAGCAAGUUUUGAAACAAAAUGGCUUCAAAUGCAGUGUCAGAUAUCUGGCAAAGAAACUUGGGGAAAAAAACGACCAAAAUCAAUACAUUAGAACUCUGACAGCAGCCUCUGAUCUUUGCAGCAAAUCUCGAUGACGCUAAGCCAGCCAUUGCUUGCUUCUGCUAAUUCUUUGUGUGACACAGUAAUAGCAUGUGCUCCAAUUUUCACAAGUAACGGAUAGUUCAGACUACAAAUGUAAACAUUUUCUUUUACUAUAAAUCAGUGAACGAUGAUUGUUUUAUGGUUAAAUAAACGUUUUGACUAAGGAAAAAAAUUACUUUUUUGAAACAUAAUGAGUCUUGCUGCCUUGAGUUGGCACGAACACGAUCCGUAUUACUUGAGUCAAGAAAGCUCAUUAAUUUCCCAAAUAUCCAUCUCUUCAGAAGGCAACGCUGACCAAGCAAGCCCUUCCACACUGCUGUCUGAGAAAGCCAAUGCUCUAAGGUGACGUGUGCCACGCAAACUGUGGGGUGAAACACCCUCGAUGUUAGUGUCUUAAAUCAUAUUUUCUUUUUCAUUUAUACUUCUACCUAGUCUGUAAGUUUUUGUUAUUUUUUCUUUGAAUAAAUACAUGAAAAGCUGGUGGCGAUCUGGAAAGCUGGGUGCACUUUCAUGCAGCAUUUGGAGUGUGGGCUUCUUUCAUACUGGAGAAUAGACAAAAACGGUGCCUCAAUUCGGCAAGUGCCACGCAAGAUGAGGUUAAACAAGAUGGAAGCAUCUGCGUUGCAGCUGCCAAUCCUGUGUCAUCUCAGCACAAGUUUGCAAUCAUUUCUUGCUUUGCACCUCAUUCGCAGGCCCAAUCCAUACAAUAAUGUUCUGGCUGCACACCUGGAAUGGACACGUAUUUAAGUGACACUAACUGACCACCAUUUUCAUGAGCUGAGAGAGCAGACGUAGCCGAGGGGCUAGGGAGAACAGUCGCAUCAUUUUAGCUGCUGAUUUUCAAUCCGAAACUACACAAGUUGGUGAUCGGUAUCAACGGUCACAUUACUUAACAGCUUAGAAUAGGAUAGAAAAGGACAGUCACAACACCGUGCCCUUCCGCAUACCCCACGUGUUGUUUUAUAGACACUUUGUGGCCUGCUGGUGGCACACAACAGCUGCAAACCAUCUAAAAUAGCCGAUUUUCCUGCCUAAACCAUAAGUGGUGUAGAGUCCCUUUAUUCUCUGCAGCGCCACCACUGCAGCAGGGGACGAGAGGGGGUGGCUGCAGCAGCCGUUUCGGUUCUCAGCCUUCCUCUUCAUUUGAAUGACGUCAACCUGAAAAUCGAGGCUGCAGUGCUCAAAAUACAAGGCUCGUGGAAGAACGCCGAGCUGUGUGCAUACGAAUAAGAAAUGGUUGCAAAGGUGUUACUGUCAGUUAAAUAACGGUAACAGGAGACGAUAAAUCGUAUUGCCCACUCCAAUUGUGGUUUUCUGUUUAAUACAGAUGUGUGUCUGCGUCUGUGAUAAAAUGUCUCCAUUUUAUCAGGGCUAUUCUCCUAGCGUUUCUCUAAAUAAGAACCAUCGUGGAUCGUCUGGCUUUAUUCCAGCUAAGUAAGUUUUAAAAGAAGAAACGGAAAUGGUUUUUUUCCCAGCGAAAGGGAAUCUGAGUCCUACCUAUAACACGGAGGUUGAUACGCAGUUUUCAAAGACAAAAUUCUAUUGUGGAGGUUUUAUUGGAUAAACAAACUGAAAAAAAAGAAAUUAAAAUAAAAUUUCCACAUAGAUGCUGACAAGCUGAGAUGAUGAGGAAAGUUUAUGGGACUGAAGAAUGGGUUAUCGGAAGCACUAAGAAUAUCAUGAGUUGGAAGGGACCCCACAGUGAUCAUCGAGUCCACCUCCUGGCUCUGCACAGGAGCGCCCUGUAUCCUUCAUCCUCCCUUUGUCCACAGCUUCAUCCUUAACCCCGCACCCUUCAUCCCAAUUCUGCCACCAUGUCCCUCACAGCGACAGGCAUAACCAUCUAGGCUUGCAGAUGUAUCGAGACAUCAUUGUUUGGGAGAGACAAAACCAAAAGGUUCUGCAGACGCUGUCAGUAUCCCAGGCUGGCCCUAACGAGGCCCGCCUGUGCUAACGAAGCAAUGACUCCCAGGUGCCAUGGGGCCGGGGCUGCUGGGGCACAGCUGUGCCUUGUUGGGAGCUCUGGGCAGGGCCUGCCUCAAAGCCUCUUAAACCCCACUGGAGGCUGCUGGGAGCUAUAGGGAGGGCUUUUGUGGUUUCCUGUGUUCAGCAAGAGCCUCCUGGGCUCUCUAUCUGCUUUAUUUGGGGAUGAGGAGGGUUCUGGCUUGGAACUAUAGCUGGGAGCUUUCUGGGAGCUUUCUGGGAGCUUUCUGGGAGCUUUCUGGGAGCUUUCUGGGAGCUUUCUGGGAGCUUUCUGGGAGCUUUCUGGCUAUCAUGGUAUUUGUCUGGUUUUUGCUUUUUCUUGGUUUGGGUGUUGGCACAGGAUUGGUGCUUUAUUUCUUGAGGCAAAGCACAACCCUGAAGUUUGUGGGUGCUGCAGUUCCUCUUACUUGCCUUGAUGAGGAGGCAAUCAGGUUGAGGCUGGGUUCUCUAGCCCAGCCCCGGUGCUGCUGUAGGGUGAGAACUUCAGGGGCACCUUUCACAGCAAGGAUCAACCGAAGCCUGUGAGCAGCUCCGGCACCAGCGAAACUACGGAGGCUGUGAGUGCCGGGGUCUCAGAGGCACGCGCUCCCUCCUCCAGCAGGAGGACUGCUGCCAGGGGAUGAUCACACUGGGGUUUUCCGGGGUUUCCGUGCCUCCGGUAGAAGGUUGCCGGGCUCCCGCCCUGCUCAAGCCGGUGCGGGGUCACUGUCGGGUUCCCCCUGAUGUUUAAUUUCAGCAUGCUGUUCAGCUCCUACUGCUUUUUGGGGGGAAUCAGCACAGGGCUGCUGCUCAGCUCCCUGAGACAGUUUUAGGGUGCCCAGAGUCACCCCAGGGGCGUGGUGCGGGUGCUUCAGCCUGUUCUGUUGGCAGGGGCUUUACCCUGAGUUAUUCCUUCUUCACUUUGUUUUCUUCACUUUUCCCACCAUUUUCUGCUCAGUAACAAGACAUCCAUGGCCAUCUAGGCUUGCAGCAGGAUGCUCACGGGGACGUGCUUGCCUGGGUGCUCUCUGCCUGGCCCUAAUGAGGUGCAUUUGUGCUAAUGCAGCAAUGAUCUCCAGGUGCUCUGAGACUGGGAUUGUUUGUGCACAGCUGUACCCAGUUGGAGCCUGGGGCAGGACCUGGCCAAAGUGUUUUAGCCUCUGCCGGUUGCUCUUGGACCUCCCUGUUGCUAGCAAGAAGCUGCCAGGCAGUUACCCUGCUUUCUCCAAGGCUUGCACAGGGAUGGUGCUGCAGGCCCUGACCUUGCUUUUUUUGGAGCCAGCAUGAGGAUGUCAUAACGUUAUGGUUUUGUUUUUCCUUCUUUUUUUUUCUCUCCAGGUAGUGCAAGUGGCUGCUUAUAUACUCGCAUUCUGCCUGUUUUGUAGGUAAUGCAGGGCUAUUGGGGAGCUCCCUUUGCUUUUAUUGAAGUUUCCACGGUGCUUCUGUCCUGCUCCUGUCUGCCUCCUUGGGAGGAAGGCUGUGGGGGUUAGUGAGUGCUUUCCUACUCUGAGCGAUGAAGGUGACUGGGAUGGGGCAGUGCUGCUUGGUUCAGCCCUGUCUCUGCUGGGAGUGAGAAGCCACACAAGGGCUGCUUAUGAACAAGUGCGUUUGUCUUUUCACCUGUUCUCCUCUCUUCUUGCAGGGGGAGGGCUGCAGCAGGAUCUCUGGAAGCAAUGAUCAGCGGGGGAGUGGGUACGAGACGGUGGCCGGUUCUUGUUGUUUGGGGCCAGCAGGAGGACGCCGGUGGCGUUAAACCGCAGGUGGAGCCGGACAGCGAGGCGAGGGCGGAGCGUCCUCGGGGUGCAGUCGUAUGCUGGGCGUUGGAAGACAGACUCGGCUCUUGUGGUUUGGAGCGC